AUGAAGAUUCCUACCUUGUCUGUCGUGCUUGGCUUGGCCGCCCUUGCUUCUGCUGAAGUCUUCUUGCACGAAACCUUUUCGGACAACGAGGGCUGGAAGGAUCGCUGGACCGUGUCAAGCCAUCGUGAAGACCUUGGCAAGCUUGAGGUGUCGCCCGGCCAGUGGUUUGCCGACGAGGAAAAGAGCGCUGGUCUGAGAACGACCGAAGACUACCGCUUCUACUCUGUGUCGACUGGCAUUAAGCCAUUUGAAAGCAAGGGCAAGGAUCUUGUCAUCCAAUUCGAUGUCAAGAAUGACCAAAACAUUGACUGUGGUGGUAGCUACAUGAAGCUCUUCUCUGAUAAGUUUGACCCCAACAACUUCCACGGCGACAGCGAAUACAACAUCAUGUUUGGUCCUGACUUUUGUGGCAGCAAGGCCAUGGUCCACGCCAUUCUCAACUACAACGGUGUCAACCACAACCUGAAAAAGACCGUCUCCGCUCCCAAGGACUUGUACACCCACACCUACACACUCGUCGUCAAGCCCGACCAGACCUACCAGGUGCUCGUCGAUGGUGAAGAGAAGGCUGCUGGCGAAUUGGUCGAGGACUGGGACUUCUUGCCUCCCAAGACCAUCAAGGAUCCUGAGGCCAAGAAGCCUGAAGACUGGGUUGAUGAGGCCGAGAUCGAUGAUCCUGAGGACAAGAAGCCAGAAGGCUGGGAUGAUGUUCCUGAAUUCAUUGCUGAUCCCGAAGCUACCAAGCCUGAAGAUUGGGAUGAAGAUAUGGAUGGCGAUUGGGAAGCUCCUUCCAUUCCUAACCCUGACUUUCAAGGUCCCUGGACGCCCAAGCGUGUCGCCAACCCUGACUACCAAGGUCCUUGGGUUCACCCUGAAAUCGACAACCCCGAGUACAAGGUCGACAAUGAAAUCCAUGCUUACAGCUUUGCUCACCUUGGCUUCGAUUUGUGGCAAGUCAAGUCCGGCACCACGUUUGACAACCUCCUGGUGACCGACGACAUCGCCAAGGCCGAAGAAAUCCGCAACGAGUCGCUUGAAUUGGCCAAGAAGGAAAAGGAAGCCAAGACCGCCUUUGAUGAAAAGGAAAAGGCAAAGACUGAAAAGGAAUUCGUCGAAGAAGAGGUCAAGCCUGAGGCUGAGGAAGAAGAAGUUGUCAUUGACUUGGAUGCCGAAGAGGACGAGACUGUUGCCGCAGAGCCUGCCAAGGAAGAAGAAGAACCGGUCAAGCAAGAAGAGGCCAAGCGACACGUCAAGGAUGAACUGUAGAUACUAUAACAUACUCUUUACUCUUCUUUACUAACUCCUUCUCCUUCUCCUUCUCCUUCGCACGCACACUUACUCGCACAUACGCAAACACAACAUCCAAAAGAAAUGUUUCUUACUAUUGCAUAUACACUACUUUGUCAUCUUUUUCUAUAUUCCCCAACAAAACAAUUCGCUGUCAC